UACAACUACAACAACCAACAAAAAAUAUGUGUGCGCAUUCUUCAUUUACGAAAAAUGUGCGCCAACACGAAAAAAUGCAAAUUUAGAAGCCGCUGGUGCGUCAUCCCGGCGAUCCAAUGGCCCUGGAGAAGCUGCGCCAAUGCGAGGUGCAUAUGCAGGCGCCCAAACGUCCAAACUGCUGUAAGACAUGGCUAUCAAAGUUUCCUACAAGACAAUGUUCUAGAUCGAAGAGGAUCGAUGUUAUAUCACGAAUAACGUUCCCGCUGGUAUUUGCGUUAUUCAAUCUGGUCUACUGGAGCACUUAUCUCUUCAGGGAAGAGGAGGAUGAGACCUUCUAAAGGCGAUCGGAUUGUGAUGUUGAAAUCAAUGAAAGCAAAGUGCAGAAAACUAGGAAUAAGCAGCUAUGUAGAAUCCAAAAAUCAAA